CGUCGCCCUGACUCCUUUAUUGUCCUUUUUUGGUGCACUUAUUGGGUCUAUCAGAGAGCAGAGGUAUGUACUAAGAGUGCUAUGUUCCAGGAAUUCCCACCUACAUGUAACGUACCUAUCGUAACCGGAAAAUGAUUACAGCUGACUGUUGAGUUCCAACCCAGUGACUGUGUGAUAUAUAUUAUCAAAGACGGAAGUAAACUUAAGGACGUCUUCCUUUUUUUAUGAUUUUACCAAAAGCACGUGGCCGUGGCCAUGGCGGGAGGCGGGUUUACACAGGAGUUUGACGACGAAGAGGAGUAUUAUCACGUUCUGAAAAAGGAGGUCCUUGAAAAUCUCAGGAGCGAGCUAUGUGACAACCGACUGGAAUUCGAGAAGCUCCUACCGUACCUCAGGUCGCAGCGGAUGUUAGACCGUGAUGCGGAGGAAAUCAUCGAAAGACGUCAGACAUCCGCGGAGAAGAUUAGCAAGUUCAUCGACCUGGUACAACAGGGCGGUCCGAAUGCCUUUGACGCCAUGUGCGAGGCUUUGACUAAGAAAAGGACCCAAGUGCACUUAGUUACAAAAUUACUGAAGGAAUUUGACAGAAUAAAGGCAGACCCACCAUCUAACUUGAGACUUCUGACAAAGGAAGGGGCUAGCAGCUCUGCUGGUCUCAGGGUGGCGGAGUCAUCGGCAGGGUUACCAGUCCCUGGUGAGCCGGGCGGACCAGCUGUUCCCAGGGUGGAGGACAAUGUCAUCGAACGGCGUACACCGUCUCCAAGUUUUGAUCCUCACUGGGACCAUUCCUGACCAAGCCAACAUGCAAUUAUGAGCUCAUUGGAGUUUAGAGGAACUAUAUUGACAUUUUUUAAGUAGCAGCAAAAAUUGAAAAAAAAAAAAAGACUAUGCAAUAGCGGACUACUCUUUUGGAUUUUAAUCAUGUAAAACUGGUGAUGAAUGUUUGUAUGUGUCGUCCGAUACUGAUACUGUUGUAUUUGUGUGAUCAAAUCUACAUUUUUCCAAAGCAAAGUAACAGAUAACGGACUGUUUUAUAUGAACAAAUUUUAGUAGUACAAAUCAUUCUACCUCCAUAGUACUGUACAGUGUGGUUGUGGUUUACCAUGGAUAGUCUUUACAUUACAUUUUCUACACUUUUUAAUAUGAAUACACCAAUGUGUUACAUUUCUUUGCUUGAUCCAAAGAAUAGGACACGAUUUGACAUAUUGGUAAUUAUGACAGUGGUCAAUUUGGAAACUAAUUUGGAAACUAUAACAACUGAAACGUGACAUGGUAGCCUACAAUAUAUAAUGUAUGUAAUAGUGUAUAAUUGUUGAAAUUGAAAUACAUUUGUACUAUUACAUGUAUAAAUAAAAAAA